AAUUGAUCUAAAUUGUCCUAAUUACUGAUUGGUGACAAGAAGACACUUUAUACGAUUAAUAGCGCCUUCCUGCUGAUUUCAGGUACAUGUUUGGUGAAGAUGUAGAAGGCUCUGCAUAUGGAGCUUUUGGAGUUGUCCAUCAAAAUCAAAAGAAGAGUUUCCCCAGCUCACUUCAGAGAGUGCCGAUCGAGAGAGGAGAAGGAGUGGUGACCCUGAAGAGAGAACACAUUACUCAGAGCUUUGAAAACUUCACCGAUCUUAUGGGCAGCUCCAUAUUUGUGGCGGUCAGCGUGCUGACGAGCGACGGUAGUGAGAUGGUGGAGGCAGAACUGAGAGACAUUUAUAUUGUCACGUCACCUUAUACCAUCCAGUUCACCAAAUCUCCCAAAUAUUUCAAACCAGGAUUAUCUUUUGAUUUUGCGGUUGAGGUUCUGAAUCCCGACGGCACUUCAGCACAAGGAGUUCCUGUUGCGAUCGAUGAAGCUGAGGUUGAAGGCGUUACUUCUGCCAACGGCAUGGCAAGACUUUCAAUCAAUACGGUGGAAAACGCUGGACCGUUAAAAAUCACAGUAAGAACCCAAAAUCCUCAAAUUCCAGCUGAACGACAAGCAUGGGCAAGCAUGACGGCUCUCCCUUAUAGCUCAACAAGCAAAAACUACGUCUACAUCGGAGUGACAACAGCAGAAGUAAGCCCAGGAGAGGAUAUGAAAGUGGUUAUAAGCCUCAACAAUCAGGAAAACCCAGAAAAUGACGUAACAUAUUUGAUCCAGAGCAGAGGUCAGUUAAUAAAGCAUGGACGCUUUAGAGUUAAAGAUCAAGCGAUGAUAUCCACGAUAUUCACCGUUACCAAGGAGAUGCUGCCGUCAUUCCGCAUCCUGGCCUUCUACCAUCCCAAUGACAACGAGGUGGUGUCGGACUCAGUCUGGGUGGACGUGAAGGACUCCUGCAUGGGCUCGUUGAAACUAGAGCCACAGAGAUAUUUUGCCUUUACCUCCUACGAACCUCGGAAGAAGUUUGACCUGAAAAUCACAGGAGAUCCUGAGGCCACAGUGGGGCUGGUGGCUGUGGACAAAGGCGUCAUCGCUCUUAACAAGAAAUACCGUCUGACGCAGAAAAAGGUGUGGGACACAGUUGAGAGCCACGACGUCGGCUGCACACACGGCGGAGGAAAGGACAGUAUGAGUGUGUUCUACGAUGCUGGGCUGCUGUUUCAGUCCAACUUACAAACUGGGACUCCCUACAGGCAAGGUAACACC